AUGGAGUCUCUGUUCGACGCGAUCAACGUUCGCGAACUUCUCUCGGCACAGGACCUCUCGGACCCGACCUCCCCUCUCUCGGCGCCCGAUCUGCGGCUCCUGAUUCAGCGCCUCGAGUCGCAGUCCCUCCAGAUCCGCUCGCAGGUCCAGUCCUACCUCGUCUCGCAUCAUGACGAUUUCGCGCGCCUCUUUUCCCUCUGCAAUGAUGCCGUUUCUCAGACACACGAGGUUUCCGACGACGUCGCCGCCAUCCUCCGUCUCCUCUCCGACCGACCGAUCGAUGCCGAGGUGCGCGAGGUUGUGUCGGAGAUGAAGGCGAAGAAAGAGGAGUUAAAGGUGAAGAAGGAACUGCUAGGGUUGGUUGGAACCGUUGUGGCUUUGAACCAUAGGUUGGAGAGUGUGAAGGAAGCGUUGAGGAGUGGAAGGUUCAAAUUCGCUGCGCAAGGGUUGAAGGAAUUGAAAGUGGCGUUGAGGAUUGGAGAUGAGGAGGAUAAGGAGCCUUUGGUGUAUGGCUUGUUGAGGAAGGAGUGGUCUCAGUGCUUCGAAGAGAUUCAAGAGGUCCUUGUGAAAUAUAUGGAAAAAGCUGUACGAUUUGAUGGGGACUUGAAUCAAGUUGAAGUCAAGUAUCAUUUAGAAGUUGACAAUGUGAAUGGGAUUCAGUUACAAACAGUUCUGGAGGCAAUGGAUGUUGUUGGUAUUCUAGAGUAUGGGCUUGCUAAAGUUGCUGAUAUGAUGAUCAAGUAUGUUAUUACUCCUUUUGUAAAUCAUGGACGACCUGUUUCAUUUCUAGAGGAAUUGCAUCAAGAAUCGGCUGUCCUGAAGAUAGUUUCAUCACCAGAUGUUAAGUUUGAAUAUUUAGACGGAGAGUUUCUCUAUUCAGGGAUUGUGCUGUUUAUCAAAUUUAUUUACAGAACUAUUUGCCUCCAGAAAAGUUCUUGGAUGCGAUGUUUUGGACGACUGACAUGGCCAAGAAUAUCAGAGCUAAUAAUAUCUAGCUUCCUCUCGAAGGUUGUCCCAACAGAUGCAUCAAAACUUCCUGACUUUCAGAAGAUCAUAAUACGCACAUUUGAAUUUGAGGCGGCUUUGAAAGAGUUUAUGUACAUUUCAUCAUCAGAUGAUAAUGAUAACAGGCUGAGCAAUUUUGCUGAAAAUGUUGAGGUUCACUUUGCAUUAAAGAAAAAAACGGAGAUCUUGGCUAAAGCUAGAAAUCUGCUUCUAGAAUGUGACUUUUCAAUUCCUCAAGAGUAUACCAGGGAUGGUUCUAUUUGGAAGAAUGAUGAAACAUCUGUCCAAUCAUCCAGCCAUGUGGUAGAUUUACUUUUCUUAUCAGAGAGGUGUCUCGUAUCCAAAGCGGCCAAACAAUUGAUGGGGCUAAUUCAUCAGACGCUGCAGUAUACGAGAGCAAUAUUACAAAAUGGUGAGGAAAUCACUCAAGAUGUCACACUAUACAAGGUUGGUGCUUAA